CCCUGUCCCUCUAUAAAAAGGCAAAGAGUAGCCCAGGAGCCAUCACGGACUCAGAGGAAACAGUCUCUGAGUAACGCUCCUGCAACACCUGGCUGCCAAGCUCAGGAGAGAAGGAUGAAGUUCGCUCUCCAUGCCGCGCUGUCCUUGGGGAUAUUGGUGCUCUGUCUUGCUGACCCUCCAGCCCAAAGUCCCGUCCGAUGGUGCACAAUAUCCGAUCCAGAGCAGAAGAAAUGUGUGGAACUGAAGACGAAAAUGUCCUCAACCCCUUCAUUAGACUGUGUGAAGAAAACAACUUACUCUGACUGCAUAAAAGCCAUUGCGGAGAAUGAAGCAGAUGCCAUUAGUCUGGAUGGUGGCCACAUUUUCGAAGCACACCUUGCCCCGUAUAAUCUGAAGCCUGUUGUGGCUGAGGUCCAUGGCACAGGAAAAGAUGCGGCCACCAGCUACUAUGCUGUGGCCGUGGUGAAGAAAGGAACCGGCUUCACAAUAAGGGAACUUAAAGGGAAGAAAUCCUGCCACACAGGGUUGGACAGGUCUGCUGGCUGGGUCAUUCCCAUUGGGACCCUCUUGUACCAUCAAACCCUAUCCUGGGAUAGAGACACUCCCAUAACCCACGCUGUGGCCCAGUUUUUCUCAGCCAGCUGCGUCCCUGGUGCCCCCGCAAAUGAACCAAAUCUGUGCCGCUUAUGCCUUGGGACAGGUGCUCAGAAAUGUUCCCGUACUGGGCCUUAUUCUGGCUAUUCUGGAGCCUUUCAGUGUCUGAAAGAUGGAGCUGGAGAUGUAGCUUUUGUCAAACACACAACUGUUCUAGAAAAUGACCCAAGUGAGAAAGACAAGUAUGAGCUGCUGUGUGAAGAUGGUUCCCGGAAGCCUGUAGAAAAGUAUCAUGAGUGUCACUGGGCCAAAGUUGCUGCUCAUGCUGUUGUGACUCGAAGCGUUGAUGGCCGGGCUGAUGAGAUCUGGAGCUUCCUCUCUCAGGCGGAGGCAAAGUAUGGCAAGAACUCAAAAGAGAGCUUCAAACUCUUCAGCUCUCCUUAUGGGAAAGAUCUGCUUUUUAAGGAUUCUGCUACCAAUUUUAUCCGUGUCCCUCGACUGAUGGAUGCCCAAUUCUACCUGGGCUACCAGUACUGGGCUGCUAUUCAGAGUCUCAGGCCAGUUGCUCCCCGAGAAACUCCUGUAGCCCCUUUGAAGGUGAAGUGGUGCACAGUAAGUAAGGAUGAAAAGGCCAAGUGUGAUGAAUGGAGUGGAGUGAGCGGAGGCAGCCUGGACUGUGCAGUGGCAGAAACCACAGAGGACUGCAUUGCCAAGAUAACGAAAGGUGAUGCGGAUGCCAUAAGCUUGGAUGGAGGUUAUGUCUACACGGCUGGUACAUGUGGUUUGGUGCCAAUCAUGGGAGAAUACUACGGGGAUGACUUUACACGAUGCCAGAAUGAAGGAGCACCCGGAGAAACUUAUUACGCUGUGGCUGUGGUGAAGAAAUCCAACCCCAGUAUCACCUGGAAGAACCUGCGUGAUAAGAAGUCUUGUCAUACAGCUGUUGGGAGAACUGCUGGCUGGAAUGUCCCCAUGGGCUUGAUUCACAAUGAAACCAGGAGCUGCGACUUUGAUAAGUUCUUCAGUAAAGGCUGUGCUCCUGGAUCUCCACUUACCUCACCACUCUGCGAGUUGUGUGUGGGCUCAGGCAGCAGCCUCCCACCAAAUUACAUAUGUGCCGCCAACAGCAAUGAGAGAUACUACGGAUACAGCGGGGCCUUCCGGUGCCUGGUUGAGAAGGGAGACGUGGCCUUUGUUAAGCACACAAUUGUCAGUGAGAACACCGAUGGACAUAAUAAUGCUGACUGGGCAAAGGGGCUGAGAAGUGACCAAUUCGAGUUGCUGUGCCGGGAUGGAAAUCGCGCCCGUCCUGAAGAAUACAAGAAAUGCCACCUGGCUCUAGUUCCUGGCCAUGCUGUGGUCACACGUCCAGACAGAGCAACUGCUGUCCAUGAGAUGCUGAUAAAGCAACAGGCAUUGUAUGGAAGCCGUGGAUCUAAGAAAGCUACCUUCCAGAUGUUUCAGUCUGAAACCAAGGACCUUUUAUUCAAGGAUUCCACCACGUGCCUGAUUCAACUCUCCAGAGGAACAACCUAUGAGCAGUACCUGGGAAAAGACUACUUUGAUUCUAUCUCUAGUCUCAAUAAGUGCUCACCAUCAGAACUCCUCCAGGUCUGCAGCUUCAGUGACUUGGACUGAUCAGAUUAACGGGAGCGCCUCACAGUGGGAGGAAAAAUCUGAAUGCUUCAUUCCUUGUAGCGUUCUCAGCACUGAACUCUAGCUAGCUGGGGUCCCACUGCUGCUGUCUCUUCCCCCCCUUUAACUCACCAUUGAAGAGGUGCCUAGCCUGUUCUCAUGACGUUUGACUCCCUGCUGUCACCAGAGCAAGAAAUAAAAUCUCAGAGUCUAA